AUGAAGGGCGUAAAAAAGGAAGGAUGGAUAUCUUAUAAAGUUGAUGGAUUGUUUUCGUUCUUAUGGCAAAAGAGAUACUUGGUACUGAAUGAUUCGUAUUUAGCAUUUUACAAAAGUGAUAAGUGCAAUGAGGAACCAGUCUUAUCUGUGCCUUUGACUAGUAUAACAAAUGUUAGCAGAAUACAAUUGAAACAAAAUUGUUUUGAGAUUCUUCGGGCAACAGAUCAAAAAGAGAACAUAUCCCCCAUAAACUCCUACUUUUAUGAAUCAAAUUCCAAAAGAUCGAUAUUCAUUUCCACAAGAACCGAACGGGAUUUGCAUGGCUGGCUUGAUGCCAUUUUUGCCAAAUGUCCUCUCCUUAGUGGUGUUUCAUCACCAACAAAUUUUACACACAAAGUACACGUUGGGUUCGACCCAAAAGUGGGAAACUUUGUUGGAGUACCUGAUAGUUGGGCUAAACUACUACAAACCUCAGAAAUUACGUACGACGAUUGGAACAGAAACUCAAAAGCUGUUAUUAAAGCACUGCAAUUUUAUGAAGAUUACAAUGGACUGGACACAAUGCAAUUCAAUGAUCACCUCAACACAAGCUUAGACUUGAAACCUUUAAAAAGUCCGACAAGGUAUAUUAUAAACAAGAGGACUAAUUCCAUCAAGAGAUCAGUAAGUAGGACGCUCCGAAAAGGCAAAACAGAUUCCAUUUUACCCGUCUAUCAAUCAGAACUUAAACCAUUCCCAAGGCCUAGUGAUGAUGAUUAUAAGUUUACCAACAUAGAGGACAAUAAAGUACGCGAAGAAGGCAGGGUGCAUGUUAGUAAAGAAAGCACGGCAGAUUCCCAGACAAAGCAGUUAGGAAAGAAGGAACAGAAAGUCAUUCAAAGCCAUCUGCGAAGGCAUGAUAAUAAUUCAACAUUUAGACCUCAUCGACUAGCACCAUCUGCACCUGCUACAAAAAAUCAUGAUAGUAAAACUAAAUGGCAUAAGGAGGAUCUCCUUGAACUUAAGAAUAAUGAUGAUUCGAAUGAAAUAAUAAUGAAGAUGAAAACUGUUGCAAUUGAUGUAAACCCAAGACCGUAUUUCCAACUGGUAGAAAAGGCUGGUCAAGGAGCAAGUGGUGCAGUAUACCUGUCAAAGCGAAUAAAAUUACCUCAAGAAAAUGACCCGAGAUUCUUGAAAUCACAUUGCCACCGAGUCGUAGGCGAAAGAGUGGCCAUUAAGCAGAUACGUUUAUCUGAACAACCAAAGAAACAAUUGAUUAUGAAUGAACUCCUAGUGAUGAAUGAUUCGCGCCAAGAAAAUAUCGUUAAUUUCCUUGAAGCCUAUAUUAUUGAUGACGAAGAGUUAUGGGUGAUAAUGGAGUACAUGGAAGGUGGCUGCUUAACAGAUAUAUUGGAUGCUGUAGCAAGGAGCAAUACCGGUGAGCACUCAUCGCCGUUAAACGAAAACCAAAUGGCAUAUAUAGUAAAAGAGACGUGCCAAGGUUUGAAGUUUUUGCAUAACAAGAAAAUUAUCCAUCGAGAUAUCAAAUCUGAUAAUAUCCUUCUGAAUUCCCAAGGGUUAGUGAAAAUUACAGACUUCGGUUUUUGUGUGGAAUUAACAGAAAAAAGAAGCAAGCGUGCCACAAUGGUAGGUACUCCAUAUUGGAUGGCACCUGAAAUAGUGAAUCAAAAGGGAUAUGAUGAAAAAGUCGACGUUUGGUCUCUAGGGAUAAUGCUUAUUGAGAUGAUAGAAGGUGAACCGCCUUACCUAAAUGAGGAUCCUUUGAAGGCGCUGUAUCUGAUAGCUAACAACGGUUCACCAAAAUUGCGUCAUCCAGAGUCAGUGUCCAAGCAAACCAAACAAUUCUUAGAUGCCUGUUUGCAAGUGAAUGUCGAAUCAAGAGCAUCCGUGAGAAAACUACUAACGUUUGAAUUUUUGUCAAUGGCAUGCAGCCCUGAGCAGCUCAAAGUAUCCUUAAAGUGGCAUUGA